AUAUCAGUUAUCAUCUCGUUUAUGUAACAUAACAAGUUCCGUAACGCUAACAUGCACCACCAGUGCGCAGGCAAAGGCUAACAACAUUUACACGCACACAUUCAACACAUGCUCAUCAAUGGCGGUUAACAACAGAUCGGAGACGGUGAAGCUUGCCGCGGCGUUGUUUCUUUCGGCUAGUUUCCGUCUCCUCUUCUUUCUACUCCUAAUCGUCGCCGGUAACAGCGGCGUGUACGGAACAAAGAAGCGAGUUCACAUUCCCGACGACCUCCACGACGUAGAGGACAACGAGGAGGAUGCGUCAUGGAUAGAAUGGGGACAGAAGAGGAAGAUGACGGAGAAAGAGUUUGAUCCGCCGCCUGAGAACUUUUCCGAUUUGGAUAUUACUCAGAUGCAGGAAGAGAUUUUGAAACGUCAGGUCGGACAGUCGUAUGGAUUCGUUAAGCUCCGGUUAACCGAUAGUCGUACUCCGGAUAUGGUAUCGGAUAUUGCAGAGAAAUGGACCAAACUUGCAAGAACCGGAGCAAUUGAAGUCACUUUCAUGGGUUUUGAUAUUACUACUGUAAUGUUCUCGUUACAAAAUGCCCAAAACACAUUAGAGGUGAAAGAGUUUUUACUGAGUCAGCCAGAAACAUAUGAAAUCAAGAUGGGGGAUCAAUUUUUUCGAAGACCAGGCGAUCCUCCAUACGACGAUCUUCUAAAGGAACUCUACAAAGGAAAGAAAAAGCAGGCUCCUUUGUCGAAUGAUACAAUCCUGAAAACCGAGUUAUAAAUGAAUGUUAAUCUUCUAAUUCUUACCAUUUACCAUUUCCAGAUCUGCCAAAGGAAUUUUGAUUAUGACAUUUUAGAGCUAAAGUAACAUAAAGAAUGGUUGCCACAGAACUGAUUUCAAGUUUAAUUUUGUUCCA